AUGGUAUACCAAAGCUCGUCCUGGACGUUCGGAACGGUCUCGAACGAAUCCGGGACCAUCAUCGGACGGGUGGAGACGUCCGAUUGGAAAACGUGCUGGAAGAAGGGCGCGAACGGGCUGGACUCGUCCAUCGACCCCGCGCGGCGGGCGGCGCCAUUGGUGAGAGACGAGCGGAUGGCUGGAGAGGGGUGUUGUUGUGACCGUCGCAAGGUGGCAGGAGCUAAGGAUUUGGAGCUGAACGGGGGAAGGGAGGAGGAGGAGAGAGGGGGGGUAGUGAUCGACGAUGUUCGGCGUCCCCCUGCAUGCCGGCCUCUCCUUUCAGUCCUCGUGUCGUCCCUUGGCCCCAUCAGUGCCUCCCUGCACUACUCCGUUACGGUCCCCUCCCCCCUUCCCCUUCUGCUCCCCUUCCCCCCCACCGGUUCCCCUUUCCUCCCCUUUUUUCUCCUAUCCUCUUCGCGGCGUCUGGGGUGGCUCGGAAGCCAAGCCAUCUCAUCUCUUUCCCUAUACUACCUUCGCCUCCCCUCCCUGCGCGUCCCCUCCCUCCCCUGCGCCUACCUCCCAUGCCCACCCUCCCCUACUCCUCUAUGCCACCCUUCCUCCAUGCGCGCCCCCUCGCUCCGCCCUCCCCCCGCGGAGGUUCCGGAUGGCAAUGCGAGGGAGGAGGAGCUGGUGUUUGACACCGUGCAGGCUGCUCUGAUCCGGAAGGAAGGAGUAGCGAGGGAGGAGGAGCUGGUGUUUGACACCGUGCAGGCUGCUCUGGUGAGGCACGGGCCCGGGUGCAAUGGCAGUCCGGACGGAGCAGCGAGGGAGGAAGAGCUGGUGUUUGACUGCGUGCUUGCUGCUCUCGUGGCACACAGCCCUGGUCCGGACGGAGCAGCGAGGGAGGAAGAGCUGGUUUUCGACUGCGUGCAUGCUGCUCUCGUGGCACACAGCCCUGGUCCGGACGGAGCAGCGAGGGAGGAAGAGCUGGUGUUUGACUGCGUGCAUGCUGCUCUCGUGGCACACAGCCCUGGUCCGGACGGAGCAGCGAGGGAGGAAGAGCUGGUGUUUGACUGCGUGCAUGCUGCUCUCGUGGCACACGGCACGGGUCAGCUGCAGCGGCUGGAGCUGCGCUGUGUGGCGGAUGGGCGGGUGUUGCUGCAUGCUGCCAUCGCCACCUCCUUCUGGUGCCAGCCCCAGACGGAUGUGCGCGUGCACAUGGUCACACCAGACGGCACUCGCUGGAUCCUCAUGUUCGCAAGUCCCACAGACUCUUCAGCAUUCCUUCUCGCCAUCGGCUUUGCUCGUGCGCUCGCCACGUCCCUCUCGGCGCACCUUGCAUCUGCGGCAGCACAGACCUACCCCCCGCAUGCCUAUGUGCCGGUCCCUCCCACGCUGCAAGAUGUAUUGUUAAGCACAGGCGGACACAGGUCGCAGGCAGAGGGGGGAGACACUGUGCAAGUGGCGGUGACAGCAUGGGCGGCUGACCCCUUCACAUCACCACACCUGCCCCCUCCCAAGCCAUUUCUCGUCACUCAAGCACCGUUUCCUACUUCCCUCGAUCUAUUGCCCCCCGUUUUGCAGUUACCACCUAACGCGCUCCUAUUCCUCGACAUCACCCUUCAUCGAAUGAGAAAGCCAGCAGCAUCAUCAUCAGCAGCAUCAGCAGCGGCAUCACCAGGAUAUGCCACAGCUCAAGGCCAGUCAGGAGGAGCGGCAAGCAGCAGGCGCCGCAAAUUAUCCACGCACUCUCUUCCUCACUCGUCAACUCCCAGCGAGGCUGACUUGGACCCGAACCUAGACCCGAACCUAGACCCAGACCUGGACAGUGACAUGAGUGACGCUCUCUCAGUCGCUUCUGCUGCAGAGUCCCUCUCCUCCUCCUUCUCCUCCCGCUCAGCCCCUGUCAGCCCUUCCAAGCUCUUUCGCAACGCCUGGCCAGGAGGCCUCUCAUCUGCUUCUGGCCUGCACGGGUCAGCUUCCUCGCUGGCGUCGGCUUCUGCUAAGACGCCACCUGGCACGCCCCCAUUGGCUGGUGCUGCCGCUUCCUUGGGAGUUCCGCGUGGGCCUACCAAUAUGGCUCGUGCAGCGACUGAGGGACGGGAGGAGGGGGUAAGGCGAACGGAAGGGGUAAUGGGGCAAGAAGGGGUAAGGGGAGCAGAAGGGCAUACUGACGCGUCAGCAUGUGUUCGUAGUUCCACUAGAGGACAAAAUAGACAGGCUGGCAGGGAAGGAGGGGAAGCGGGGGAAGGACCGGGAGAGGAGUUUAGGGAAGGUGGGACAGGAGGUUCGGAGAGAGUAAGGCAUGAUGGAGUAGCAGAUUGGUCCGGUAUGGAUAGGUUGUGGAUACUAGAGGACAAAAUUGACAGGCUGGCAGACAUUACACGACUCUGGCUGGGAAAGUCUGCUCCCUGGCCGGCCAGCUCCAGACGAGUCCAAAAAUUGCCGCCCAGAGGUGCUGGUGGGAGUGGUAGAUCAGAGGCACGUAAUGGUGGUGUUGGGGAGAGCAGCAUGGGGGACAGGGGAUUGAGUGAUGAUGUAUUUUGUGUGAGUGGAGGAUUGGAUAGAGAGGGAAGACGGGGUGAGGCGGUGGAGAGAGCAGUGAGUAGACUGGUGGGGCUUGGGGUGGCAAAUGGGGAUGGAACUGGGAGUGGUGCGGCUUGGAACGCUCAGGAAGGGGGGGGUAUUCAGGAGGGGGAAGGAGGAGGGGGCAGAAGUGAGUGUGUUUUGGGGCGGGGAGAUGGGGAGGAGGAGGGUGCAUGUGGGAGUGAGAGAGGUGGAGAGGAGGAUAUGGCGUCAAGAAGAAGAACAGAGGGGGAAGCUGAGGAAGGAGAGAAAGGAGAGGAAGGAGAGGAAGAGGAGGAGUAUUCGAAUUCACAGGAGGAGGAGGUGAUAGGGGUGGUGGCUUUGAUUCUGGCAGAGAAUAGGGAGCUGAGGCGCUUGCUGCGGAGGAGCCAGGAGAGAGAGCGGACAGCAGCAAAGCGAUGCAGAGAAAUGGAAGCUGAGAUAAAUCGGCUCAAGCAGCUAGUGCUGCUGCAGCCCCGCUGCCAGGAAGCAAGGGACACGCAGCAAGGGGAUAAUCCCGAGGGUAACACCCUACAUCCAUGA